GAUCCGAUUGACUCUUUGUGACUGGCAGUUUGUCUGUCUGGAGCACCAUCCUUGCGAAAAUGCAGAUCUUUGUGAAAACCUUGACAGGGAAAACCAUCACCCUAGAGGUAGAGCCCAGUGACACAAUUGAGAAUGUCAAGGCCAAAAUCCAAGACAAAGAAGGCAUUCCUCCAGAUCAGCAGAGGCUGAUCUUUGCUGGAAAGCAGCUGGAAGAUGGGUGCACCCUGUCCGACUACAACAUUCAGAAAGAAUCCACUCUGCACUUGGUCCUGUGUUUAAGGGGCAGUAUCUGGACUUGCUCCUACGAACAUCUGAAUAAAAAUUUCACUGCACCUUGUUCCAAUAAAGCUGUUGCAAUCACAAAGAAACAAAACAAAACAAAAAUUCCCCUUCUGUCAAACAAGGAUAGACUAGUGUUUCUUUAG